GGAGCCGUUGAGACACGUGCGCAGGCAUUCGUUUAUCUCGCGCUUAACCUAGCUAGGUGCUUGACUUCCCGGCCUAGACCCACCCGCCCAGUCGACGUCCUUAAAGGAGUCGUUCAGUGGAUACCUGACCAAGAUCCUGAUCGUCGUGUGAGAGGUGUUCCUUUAAGACUGGUGUCGGCGACUGCUGACCUGCCUCUGUUGUCCAGUUUUCGUUUCUUCCCAAGGAUUCGAGCCUCAACCUAAAAACCGCAAACAUGACUGAGAUGUCGCAGAGUUCGCAGGCGUCGGAAGUGUCCGUGGCGACAGAAAGCCCGAGAGAAGGGAGAGAGACAUCUUCACCAUCGUCGGCAUCAUCCUGAUCCUUCUGCUCCUGUGUGGCAUCAUCUACCAUUUUGCAACUCGAUCGGCUCACGCGUCAUCCGCCUCAGCUGAUGCCAGUGACGAUGACAAAGACGAUGGCAGUAGCAAGUUCGGAUCCGGCGGCGGCGGCGGCAUCAUGAUGCAAAAGACGACGACUAAGGCUCCGACUAAGCGUUUCCGACGCAAGAAGACACCCGCGGUGAUCACGACGUCGCCACAGCCGGACGCACUAAGCGAAACCCCGCACCCGCCUAGACCACCCCGCCCGCCGCGCGACACGUCGGUGCCCGACACCAUCUUCUGCACCGUGUCGUACCGGGCCCUGUACGAGUACCAGUAUCCCCCGGACGGACUGUGCACGCACCUCGUCUACUCGGAACUUGUGAUCCACGACGGCGUAAUUAAGAGCCGGCUCGAACCGCUGGGCGUAGGCCUGAGCUCCUUCAUGUCGCACGCCAACAAAGCGCAAAAGACCCGGCACGGCGCGUCCUUCAGUUACGACUACGCUGACGACACCGCAAGUGCCAUGAGGGGCUCUUCGUCCCCGAUCACCAGUACGCUGUGGAGCUCGAACGUGCGCGACUACGGCAUCCUGCUUGCGUACGACAAGACUUCUCACCUGCAAGAUGCCAGCAAUAAGAGGUUGGCACUGCUCAAAGCUCUGAGGUCGGAACAGCAGAAGCAGACACCAACCGACCCCACGCCUGAUCUCUUUGUAGGAGUUCUCAGUAGAGAUCAUGGAGCCACAAGAAAAAUGACGAUAUUACGGGACGUGGCAAACCAUUACCAGAUAACCAUCCUCAUAUUCAUCACGCACUUUUUUAUGGACGACGAAAAAGGACCCCAACCACCUACUGCACUGUCAGGCACUGGAAAACCCGUUAAAUUGUCGGGAAUUAGCGCCGACCUUUCAUCGGCCGGCAUCAAAAAGGACGUCACCCUACUAACGUCCUUUACGCUGGCCGUCAACAAGUACCGCAUGCAAAACGGCUGGUCCGGAGGCAACACAGGGGAUGUGGUAUCUUUCGCUCCGAUCCGGUAUUAUGACGCCUGCUACCUAAAAAACCACAUGGUCAAAGUCAGUCGUGAUUAUGCCUACAUUGCGAUCAAGGAUCGGCACGUGCUGCUCACGUACGAUACGUCGGAGAACCUCAUCUACAAGAUGUCCGAGGUCUUCACAACGUACGCGCACCCCAAGCACGGUGUGGCCAUCUACGACGUCGACUACGACCAGUACAACGACACUUGCGGGACUCCCGACUUCUACAGGCUGCGGCAGCUUAGCCGCUACAUGCUCAUGUAGAAACACAGAUGGCUUGCACAGUG